AGUACAGUUUCUGGAAUUAAUGCCAAAUGUGAAUUGAUAGAGGGAACUGGGUGACUGGUAUUAAGGGUUUCUAUCACAGAACAAAAACCUAACUGAGAUAUGAAAUUGAUUAGCCUUUAGUAUUUUCUCUGAGCUGACUUUGCUAAAGAAGGCUUCUUUGUGAUCCAUUUGUGAUAAUUAACUCUGAUAAGUAACCUGUGGGCUGACUUUAGACAACAUCUUUGGGAACAUGUAAUAUCUCAGCUCCCUGAUGUUCCAGUUUAGCUGGAUUCAUGAGUCAAUGAAAUGUAGUUGUCUUGUUCUAUAAAACCCUCCAGAGGAUAGGUGAGGAUCUAUUAGGUUCUUUCAGUCAGCAUUCAUGACCACAGGAAUUUGUCAUGUGUGCUGUAAGCACUUUUAAUCUUUUCUGUUCAACCAGAACACUUUGCUAAUGAGACAGCUCUCAUUAAGAUACAAGAUUUUCAGUGAUUCUGUUACUCUUUCUUGUUCAGCAGGUAUGAUGCACUCAUGCACCACAGUGACGCAAUGCAUUUCCCUGUGUGUGUUUUUUUGUUGUUGUUUGGGGCUUUUUGGAGCGGGUGUUUUUUUUGUUGUUGUUUUUUCAUAUGGUUUGAAUAGUGUGCAUUCUUUCACUUUGGCAAUGCCUAUGUUGCUUUCUUUGUUAUUUUUGCUGAAAAGCUAAGUGACCAAUUCAGUAUCAAAAUCAAUGGUGAAUGAAAUAUCUAAUGAUUUUGUUUUAAGGAAAAAAAUCAAUUUUUUCUCCCCCAGACCUUCCUUCUCCAAUUCAUUUCAAUUAUGAUUUACUUCAGGAUGUGAUGCUGAUAAAUCCCACUGGAUUGUGUUAGAAGUACCCAUGUUCCACAGACUUAGCUUUAAGUCUUCUUGUAUGUGAAUACACCCUUGAUUCCAUGUGGGAAAAAUGAGUCUGUUCAACUUAGUGACAAUUUACCUAUAGAAGUUAGUUUGCUUGUUCUACAACUUCAGCAGACCAAACUUCACCUUUCAGAAUUAAAAUAGCAUCCAAGUCUUUGUAGUUCAUUGAGCUCAAUUUUUGAAACUGCUGAGAAUUUUUGGCUCCCCUUGUCUCCAAUUAGCCUGAAACAUUUUUGAAAAUCACAUGUUCUAUGUAAAUAAGUAAAAAAGAAUGUUGCUACCCAUCCUUCUGGCACCAGAUCAUAAUUACCCCUAGGAAAUGACUGAUAUCUAGACAGGAUGCCUGAGAUGGGUGAUACAAGAUUUUUGUCAAGACAAUCUUAGCAUUUGAAAUAGGCUGUCAGUAAUUUUUAAAAACCGUAAUUUGUGAAUAUCUCCUUCUCCAUUCAUUUCCUCAAAGAUGUCUUGAUUUGGGUAAUAAAAUGAAUGUAUCCAAACUUUUUACGAUUCAGAGAAAUAUAGAUAGAAGCAUGUACAUAUGCAUGCCCAUUCAAUAUUAUUUGAAACUUGGAGGUGAUAUUUAUUCGUAUUUUUUCAUAAUUGAUUUGGAGUACCAUUUAAUCUUUCAAACACAUGUAUUUCUGAUUUUCAUUUAUUCCGUUUAUUAUUUUAUUAUUUGUAUAAAUGCCAACUCUCAAUUGAUGGCAUGUAAAAAAAGUUUGCUGUUUAGCUGUGGUUGAAAUAUAAUAUAAAUUCUAUUUUAGAAGGUGGGAUAUUGUCAGUUAGUGAGACUAUUACAAUACAAAACCAAUCUUUUGAGUAGAGAUAAAAAAAACAACCUUUAACAUUAGUUAUUUAUAAAGCGCAGAGGUGCUAUAGAAAAGAAGUGAAACUUGUAGCACAGCUUUAUAAAUCAAAGCAUUAUACAAGUUUCUACCUGCAAGCAGAGGAAGCAGUGAACUUCUAAGGACACUUUUAUGAAUGUGUAUCUCAUUAUAUAGUUUUGCAGCAUUGCUGAGAUUUGAACAAACUCUUUACUGUUUUUUUUUUUUUGUUUGUUUGUUUUUAUCAAAGCUAUUAUCUCUUUCAUCUUUAUCUCUUUAUCUCCUGUUUCACACAAUCUUGACCUCAUCCUGUGAUGAGGUCAUCAUCAGAUCACCUCACUUGUCAUUUUUUUCCUUUAUGUUUCUUCCUCCAUCUUGCAGUCAUUGAACUUGGAGAUGUCGACCUGAACUGUCCUUCCAACUGCCAAAUUCAUAACACCCAUUUCUUCGGAACUGACAGACAGAUAAUAAGGAGAGGGCAAGCCUUCAACUUCUAUGCAAGUUUCCAUAAUCGGGAAUGGGAUGAUUCCGUGGAUCAGGCUACUUUCACCGUGGAGACAGGCCUCAGGCCUUGCGAGUCAAAUGAGACGAAAUGCACCUUCCCAAUGGGUAGAUGUUUAGAUCAAACCUGCUGGAGUGCUUCCUACAAAACUCAUCAGCCAAAAUGCAUCAACAUCAGUGUGUUUCCUCCCUCCAAUGCCUGCCUUGGCCGUUACAUUCUCAACAUGCAGAUCACUUCUUGUGGUCAUACAUACCAGCGUUGUCUUGGAGAUUUUUAUGUCCUUUUUAACCCAUGGUGUGCAGAUGACCCUGUAUACCUGGACAAUCAGGCCCAAAGAGAAGAAUAUAUUCUCAACGAACAUGGCAUACUGUAUGAAGGAGUUCAUAAACAUAUUACCUCUAGACCAUGGCACUUUGGACAGUUUGAAGAUGGGAUUCUGGACAUCUGCUUAAAGAUUUUAGACAUGGGUGCAAGUUAUCAUCAUGGUUCUGAUCGAGACCAUUGCUGGCGCAAUGACCCUGUGCACGUCAGCAUGGUGGUAAACCACAUGAUAAGCAGCCAUACCACUAACAGUAUCAUGAAGAUUCCAGAAAACAAUGAUUACCUGAAGGGAACAAAACCAUUUUCCUGGAAUGGAAGCGUCCCUAUUCUUCAGCAGUGGUACAACGGUAGAUGCAGACCUGUCAGAUACGGGUACUGUGGGUCUCUUGCUUCAGUAAUGUGCACAGUGAUGAGGUGUUUGGGAAUUCCAAGCCGUGUUGUCACGAACUUCUGUUUUCCAUGCUCUAAUGAGAAUCCUCUUGGUAUCAAUGAGAUUUUUGACUGUACAGGAAAAAACCUCUGUGGCAAGGACAAGCUAUGGCGGUACCACUGCUGGAAUGAAUCUUGGAUGGCUCGUAGAGAUCUAAAUCAAUGCUGUGGUGAUUGGCAGUGUCUGGAUCCAACACCUCUGGAAACAGGCAGAGGCUCAGCUUGCAGUGGUCCUACUUGGGUUCGAAGCAUCAGAGAAGGAGACCUGGACUUGGACUACGAUGGUCAUUACAUGUUUUCUCGGCUGAACUCAAACUAUGCUGGAUGGCUUUCUCAAAACAAUGCCAAAAAAACAAAAGUUUUCUGUGACACUUGGCCAUGUGGACAACAACUAAUUACCAAGAGUGUUGGCAGUGAGCAAUUUGAAGACAUCACUGGGAAUUACAAGUAUGAACUAGGUUCUGUGAAAAGCAAAGAAGCCUAUUAUCGAGCUUACAGAAGAAUUCACCCAGGGUACUGCAAUGCUUCCAACUGUCAUAUAGACAGAGAGUUAUCAUCUCUGAAAAACCCAUUUUUGAGUGAUAGUGGUAUUAACACAAGGCUAAAGAUGGCUAACUGCCCAAUGUAUGGUGAAGAUGUCCAACUACUCUGGUUGCUUGAAAAUUUGCGUAGUGAACCCAAAAACCUGAAGUUUAAUUUGUGUGCACAGAUAAUAACAUACAAUGGUUGCCCAAUGGAUCAAUUUUGGAAAGAUAGUGUGACCGUUGCAUUAGGUCCAAGGGAAGUGAAAAAAAUUCCACUGUGUGUAUCAUAUAGUCAAUAUGGACCUUAUCUCAGUGAUCACAACAUUAUAAAAGUGGUUGCUGUCUCAGAUCCAGAGUGUGGAGAAGUUCUGAUGGUGAGCAGAGAUAUCGUGAUCAACAGGCCACCUGUUAUUGUUAAGCUAUUGAGUCAGCCUAGGCUGAAAGUACCGUGUACAGCAGAGAUCUCCUUCUGCAAUCCUCUCCAGGAAGAUAUGAAGAACUGCAUAAUGACUUUAGAAGGCUGUGGUUUAUUCAAAGAGCCAAUGACCAUUGAUUUGGGAACGCUGGCUUCCAAUCAGCAGGCACGGACCAUCGUGGAGUUCACACCAUACAGGUUGGGCAGCCACCGGCUCCUAGCCAACCUUGGAUGCCACAAGUUUGCCUACUGCAAAGGAUGUGCCAAGGCUGAAGUGUGUAACCACGUGGGGCAGAACAGCUCCCUGCCUGUGAACCAGAAUGGGUCACUGUCGGUCUGUGAGAACGGGUCCCUGCCUGUUAAUAGCUCUGGGGUGGCCCCUGCAGGGGAGCCUGGGCUCAACUCCACAUGUGAAUACAUAUGUAUCCCUGUGUGCAACCCAAACUGCAAUCCUGGGGGACCACCUGUGUUCGACUUCGUGUACCUUCCUGCAGGCCAUCCCUUAUGCAACUCCAUCGGCAAUCCAGGCUUCAACCCAAACUUCAAUGCUAUGUUUGACCCUGGGUGUGAUCCUGGCUUCCGUGUUAUAUGUGAGACCGUGCCUCCUGCUACAUGUACCCAGAUGCCUCCAACAGUAUACAGCUCCAUGCCUGUCACAACAUCCAACCCUGCAGGCCCCCCUAUGCCUCAUGUGGUGUUUGAGACGGGGUCUGCUCCUACACAGCAACCUGGAGGCGGAGGGGGGCCCAUGCCUUAUUCUGUCUCUGUCCCAGCAAACAAUGCGGUGAGUGCCCUGUUGACCCACUUCAUGGCCGGCUCCAGUCCUACCACAGCAACCCAGGGAAUUCCCACCCAUCUGCCAUCACACCCUGUGUGCUCUCCAGUCGCCCAUGCUGUCAGCAGUUCCAUGCCACCGCCAGCAGCCAUUACAGUGCCUGCGGCCUCCCUCUCUCAUGUUGUUUGUGGCUCUGCACCCUCUCCCAUUGCCCAGCCUCUCUGUGGCUCUAUAGCCACUCUACCACCCCAGCCCCUGAGCACCCCAGUAGCCCAUGCUGUGUGCUCCCCAGCCCCUUGCCCUGCGGCUUCUCCACUACCCCGUGCUGCACGUAGCUCUACUCCUGUGGGGCUGCACGUGGCAGGCUCCCCAGCCCCCCGUCCUGUGGGACCCCCAGCAGCCCACUCACUGUGCUCCCCAGCCUCCCGUCCUGUGGGACCCCCGGCAGCCCACUCACUGUGCUCCCCUGCCUCCAUCUCAGUAGGAGCUACAGGAGUCCGCUCUGCGAGCUCACCAACCCCUUGCCCCGAAGACUCAUCGGCCACUUGCUACACAUCCCCCCCAACUCCUCAGCCUCUGGCAGCUGCCACUGCCCGCUCCCUCUGCAACCCUGCCUCUCAUUCCAUCUCCCGGGUCGUUUGCACUCCGGGGUCUCGCUCUGUCUGUGGCCCUCAGUGGGGACCUUCCAGUAACACCACCACUACCACCACCACCCGCUCAGGCUCCCUGUCCAUGUGGCCUCCAACUUCCCGCUCGACAUGGAACCUCACAGGGUGCUCAAGCUACAUCCCCUUCUCCCGCGGCUCCUACAACACGCUCUCAGGCCCUCCCUAUAGCUCCUUGUCUCGAUCCUUCAACACUUUGUCCCGCUCAGCCUACAAUACCCUGCCCCGCUCUACCUCUCCCUCUGCCUAUGCCACCCUGCCGCGCUCCACCUUGCGCCCAACUGGCAGUGCUCUGACCCGCUCUGGGGCCCAUACCCCUUGGAGCUCCAAUAACAGGAGCACUCUCUCUUACUUCAAACGCAAAUAUCUGUAAUUGAGAGCAAUAUGCUGGGGAAGAACCAAAGCGAGUUAACUACAGCCUGCACACAGGUGCUUUGACAAAAGGUUAGAAAAGGAUGAUGGAGAGCUGCCUGCAUAGUCCUGAAUAUUUAUCCAUGCAGUUGAGAUGUGUUGGAAAGCAGGCUGCUAGCCAACAGCCAAGAGGUGCAUUUGAUACAAUGUCCAUUUUCCUUGAGAUAUGGUCCGGUGGAACUGACAAAUGAACGUGCUCUCCCCUGGAACCUUAGCGACAACAGUAGUACACUGCAGGUAAUCGGACUAGAUUGCUCAGUCAGGCUCUUUUAUAAAUGAUCUGCUUUCACUCUCUCUCUUCUUGAUUUCCUGCACUGUGUAUUUCUCAAAUCUCCUUGGCUACAGCCCUCUUAGCAAAUCUGUCUCCCUGCAUAAGAUGCACUUUCCUUAGUUCUGCUAUCACAGCAAUGAUUGCAGAGCCACCUGCCCAACACCCCUUGGCCCUCCAGUCCUGAUAUUGUCUUGACUGAGAUCAGUUCUGCAUGCAGUCAAAUUUCCUCAGUUUUGAGGCAAUGAGAACUGUGGAAGUAAUGAAACAACUAAAUUGGAGCAAAUCAACCUGAGUGCUCAAGAAAACAAAACAAAACAAAUCAAUUAUAAUAGAUCUGGUAUUACUAUUCUAUAUAUAUUACUGGUUCAGUAUCAGGACAAAAGGCCAGAGUAGAAAAGCUCAAUGAAUGUCUAAUGCCAAUUUAUUGGCUUUCACAGCUGUUUUUUGUACAGCAUAUCUCAAAUUUUUCUUUUAUAUAUUGCAGCAUUUAACCCCAUGGGAAAUUCUCUAAUUUCAAGCCUGUGCUUUCGUUAUUCAAUACAGCUUUUGUUUUUGAGAACUUUUGUUGACAGACUGAAAUUAGAGAAGGAGGCAUCCUUUCUUUUCAACACUCAGCCCUCCCAAAUGAACAAUUAAAUGAAAGAAAAUGUAUUAAAACUUAUUUGGUUAAUUGGUAUGAUUUCAGUACUAACCUUCUCCCACUUUUUCUAGAAUCAAAAUAACAUAUUCUCAUAAAAGAACUGUCCUAAAUUUUGCCUUUCCUUUGUCUGUUCUUCACAAGAGCUUUGGGUUUGCUGACACAUCUCCCAUCCCUCCAUUGUUUUCCUCUAUUGCUCCAUUAUUUUUAGUAGGAAGCAUUAGUGGGGUCUUCUGGUAAAAUAAUUUUGCUGGUACUGUAGAAUUUUCAGUAAUGUAGCAGUAGUAUCUCAGUAGUUCACACACCUAUGCUUUGUGAUGAGAUUGAGCUAUGGGAAAUUUGAAAAGAUGUGGUGUCAAAUGCUAGCUAUGAAUGUAUCAGCUGUGUCAAUUACUUAACAAUUCUGAGUAUGGUAGAAAUCUUUACCUGGAAACUGUAGUGCAGUGGUCACAGUCCUGUGACUUGUUUUUUAUACAAUUUCAUUUGCUGACAAUACAUUUGCCUGACAAUAAAAAUAGAAAUU